AUGGGGAUUUCAAUACAUGCCCAAAGCUUCUCACUUCUGUUCUUUCUCAUCUUCUCUAUAUUAGCCCAUUCCAAGGCAUGCCACCUAGUUGAUAAAGAAGCAUUACUUGAUUUCAAACACAAAAUCACAUAUGACCCAUCAAAACUGUUGCGUUCUUGGACAGUUUCCUCUGAUUGCUGCAGUUCUUGGGAAGGUGUUGAUUGUGAUGCCUCAGGCAGAGUUAUCAAUGUAUCUCGUCCUGGUCUUGUGUCAGACAAUGACUUCAUUGAGGACACGUACAUGUCAGGAACUUUAUCUCCUUAUUUGGGAAACUUGUCCAGUCUUCAACUUCUAGACCUGAGUAAUCUCAAGGACUUGAAGGGACCAAUACCGCAGGAACUUGGCAAGUUAUCAAAGCUUACACAUCUCUUUCUUGAUACAAACAAGCUCACUGGAUCAAUACCAAUUACGUUAAGGUACUUAUCUCAGCUGAAAAAGAUAUACCUUAGUGACAAUUUAAUAUCUGGUAUUGUUCCUCCACCUGUUACGAAAUCCUGGACAUCUGUCUCAGAACUUGGUUUAUCAGGAAAUGCUUUGUCAGGGCCAAUUCCUCCUACAAUUGGCAAGCUGGCUUUGAUAACUAAGCUUGAUUUACAUGGUAACAAGUUUACUGGUAGAAUUCCUACAGGCAUUGGCAACCUUAAGAAUCUCAGAUUUCUUGAUCUAUCUGAAAAUCAGAUAACUGGAAGCAUUCCACAGUCCAUUGGUGGACUCGCUGCUUUGGAACUACUAUAUCUAAAUCAAAAUCAGCUCAAAGGAAGGAUACCAUCUUCGAUAUCUGGACUUAGUUCUAUGACAUUCUGUCGUUUAUCAGAAAACAAGUUAAGAGGCAGUUUACCAGCAUCAAUUGGCCAGCUCUCAAAGAUUCAAAGGCUAAUCCUUGAGAACAACAAGCUCAGUGGAAAGCUACCUUCAACCAUUGGUCAUCUAACAACACUUACUGAUAUAUUUUUCUCUAAUAACUAUCUUACAGGAACAAUCCCUUCAAGUUUUGGAAACUUACUCAACCUCCAGACGCUUGAUUUAUCAAGAAACCGACUCUCCGGUCGGCUACCUCCUCAGCUAGCUAAGUUGAAGAGCUUGCAGACUUUAGAUCUUUCCUAUAAUCCUUUCCGACUAGUUAGACUACCAAAAUGGUUCCAGGAAUUAAAAGUUUUUCAGCUUAUGUUGGCAAAGAAUGGGAUUGAAGGGGAGCUUCCUCACUGGCUAUCUUCAUCGUCAAUAUCACAACUUGACUUGUCAAGCAAUGCAUUAACUGGAAAACUGCCUUGGUGGAUUGGUAACAUGACAAGCCUUUCAUUUCUGAAUUUAUCUAAUAAUGGUUUUCACUCAUCAAUCCCAGUUCAAUUCAAGAACCUUUCGCUUCUGAUGGAUCUUGAUCUUCACUCCAACAAGCUCACUGGCCACUUAAAUGUAAUAUUCUCUAAAGAAGUCCAAGAACCACUAGGCCAUUUCAACUCCAUUGAUCUUUCCAACAAUAUGUUCACUGGUCCAAUUGAUGAUGACAUAGGAGAGAGACCAGCAAUGGCUUCUAUUAGUUCAUUAGUUCUAUCACACAACGCACUUGGAGGAUCACUACCAAAGUCAAUUGGGAAAAUGAGAGAAUUGCAGGUCUUGAAGCUAGUGAAUACUGGGCUGUCUGGGAUGAUACCAAAGGAGCUUGGUGAUGCCAAAGAGUUGUCCACAAUUUUACUUUCAAGAAAUAAGCUGACUGGUUCUAUUCCAAAUAUUGUGCUAAAUUUGAAGGAGCUGAAACAAUUUGAUGUGUCUAGUAACAAACUGAGAGGCAGGAUUCCUCCACACAAAGCCACUAUUCCUGUGUCUGCAUUCAAGGACAAUCCUGGUUUGUGCGGACCUCCACUUCCAACUUGUAGGCACUUUUAG